AUGAAUUUAUUUGAAGAAGUUAACAACCUUUUAGAUACAUAGCAAGAUAAAAUGGCAAGAGAGUAUUAUAUUCACUAUCAUUAAGUACUUAUGAUAAUUUAGUUGAAUUAUAAAGAGAAAAUUAUGGAUUCUAUGAAGUUAAUGAAGAAUUCUUCCAAAAUACCCAUAAGAAAUUAGAUAAGCACCUUAAAAAGAUUAAGGAGACAAUAACUAAAAAUACAAAAAGCAUAGAGAAUUUUAAAAAUGCUUAUGAUUUUGGAAGCAUGCUUAGUGAAAAAGAAAAAUUCAAAUUACUUAGCAUUGAAAAAUUUUAUAAAGGAUAAGGAAAAUUACCAAAAUGGUUUGAUGAAUAUAAAAUGGAUUAAUUGGAAAAAGCAAGAGAAUAUUUAAAUAGCUUUGCAUUGCGUUCUUAUCGAAAUAGAGUCAAUGAGACAGUGAUGGCAGAAAGAAAAUGUUUAGAAAAAAAAGUAUUACAUUUAAUUGAUGAAAUUCAUACUAAUUAUACUGAUUAAGAUAAAUUAGAUCCACCAAUUUUAAAAAUCUAAGAAUUAUAACAUUGUAAAUAAUUUAAAUACUUUAUAUAAUAGUACUUGAAUAAUUAUAAGAGUAUGAUCGCAUAAUACCUGAAUUAGUUAUAGUUGUUAUGCAUAAAGUAGAUGAAGUAUGUGCAUAAAUAGUUAGAAACUUCCUUGAAUUUAAUUCUAAAUGUGAAACACUAUUCAAAUGA